AUGCGGGGCCUGGCGGGUUGGGCCGUGCUGGUGGCCCUGGGCGAAUGGCUGUGGGCGGGUGGCGUGGUGCCGCUGGCGGACUUCUACCCUUCGGCCACGCAGGGCGACGCCGCCACGCGGAAGCAGGACGACGGCGGCUCCGAGCUGCGGCCCCUCUCCGUCCCCUUCCCCUUCUUCGGCGCGGGGCACACCGGCCUCUAUGUGAACAACAACGGGAUCAUCUCAUUCCUGAAGGAGGUCUCCCAGUUCACGCCAGUGGCCUUCCCCAUCUCCAAGGACCGGCGCGUGGUGGCCGCUUUCUGGGCAGACGUGGAUAACCGGCGGGCGGGUGAUGUGUAUUACCGGGAGAGCACCGAGCAGCCCAUCUUGGAGAGAGCAAGCAGGGACAUCGCGCAGUAUUUCCCCGAGUUCCCGGGGUUUUCCGCGCAGUGGGUCUUCAUCGCCACCUGGUACCGAGUAACCUUCUUCGGGGGCAGUUCGUUUUCACCGGUAAACACUUUCCAGAUUGUCCUCAUCACGGACGGCAAGCUCUCCUUCACCAUCUUCAACUAUGAGUCCAUCACCUGGACCACGGGUAUGCACGCCAGCAGUGGGGGGGACUUUGCCGGGCUCGGCGGCAUCGCGGCACAGGCAGGCUUUAAUGCUGGUGAUGGAAAGCGCUACUUCAACAUCCCCGGAUCCCGCACCGAUGACAUCGCUGACGUGGAGAUGACGACAAAUGUGGGUAUCCCCGGGCGCUGGGUGUUCAGAAUCGAUGAUGCCCAGGUGCAAGUGGGGGGCUGCAGCAAUACAACCUCUGUCUGCCUGACGCUGCGGCCCUGCCUGAACGGGGGGAAGUGUAUCGAGGACUGCAUCACGGGGAACCCCUCCUAUACCUGCUCCUGCCUGGCCGGCUUUACCGGGAAGAGGUGCCAUGUCGAUGUGGACGAGUGUCUCUCCCACCCGUGUCAGAACGGAGCCACCUGCCUCAAUGGUGCUGGCAGCUUCAGCUGCAGGUGCCCGCCGGGCUUCAGAGGCGCCAACUGCGAGACCGAAGAGUCGCCAUGUGAGAGCAGGGUGUGCCAGAACGGCGGGAGGUGCCAGGCGGCAAACGGGACGGCAGCGUGCUUGUGCCAGCCGGGGUACACAGGGGCGGACUGCCAGACAGAGGUGAACGAGUGCGAGUCCAGCCCGUGCCUGAACGGUGGGCACUGCAUCGACCUGGUCGAUAACUACACCUGCGUGUGCCUGGAGCCCUUCGUGGGACAGCGCUGUGAGACAGGCGGGCCACGCGUGCCUGGUGCCUGCCUCUCCCACCCAUGCCAGAACGCGGGCAGCUGCCUGGAGACGGAGCAAGGCUACGUCUGCGAAUGCCGAGAGGGCUACACUGGGCAGGACUGUCGAGACAAGCUCUCGGAGGGCUGCGAGUGUCGCAACGGGGGCAGUUGUCUGGAGGGGAACGUCACCAUCUGCCAGUGCCCGCCUGGGUUUUUUGGUCUCCUCUGUGAAUUCGAAGUCACCACCACGCCGUGCAACAUGAACACGCAGUGCCCGGACGGCGGGUACUGCAUGGAGUAUGGCGGGAGCUACCUCUGCGUCUGCCACACUGACUACGGCACCAACCACACAAUGCCAUCCCCCUGCGACUCAGAGCCCUGCCUGAACGGGGGGUCCUGCGAGGUUCACGACGACUCCUACACCUGCGAAUGUCCUCGAGGCUUCCUUGGCAAGCACUGCGAGAAAGCCAAGCCACGGCUCUGCAGCACGGGGCCCUGUCGCAACGGGGGCACCUGCAGGGAGGCGGAUGGCGAGUACCACUGCACCUGCCCCUACCGCUUCACCGGCAAGCACUGCGAGAUCGGUAAGCCGGACCCCUGCGCCUCGGGGCCCUGCCAGAACGGGGGCACCUGCUUCCACUACAUCGGCAAGUACAAGUGUGACUGUCCCCCAGGCUACGCCGGCCGGCACUGCGAGAUCGUGCCCUCCCCGUGCUUCCUUAGCCCCUGCGAGAACGGCGCUACCUGCGAGGACCUCGAUGGGGACUAUGCUUGCACAUGCCCCGUGGGCUAUGUAGGGAAGCACUGCCAGUCUGAGGUCGACUGCGGCAUCCCCAGCGAGGUAAAGCACGCCCAGGCCUCUUUCAACUCCACCAAGGUGGGCUCGCUGGCUGAAUACCAGUGUGAGCUGGGCUACACCCUCAGUCAGCACAACCACCCCCGCGUCUGCCGUUUGCCAGGCAUCUGGAGCGACCCCCCUGAAUGCGAUGAGAUCGAUGAGUGCCAGUCCCAGCCCUGCCUGAACGGCGGCCAGUGCAAGGACCGCAUUGCCGAGUUCCUGUGCCUGUGUGAGCCAGGUUACGCCGGCCACUACUGCGAGUCGGAUGUCGACGAGUGCCAGUCAGAGCCCUGUAAGAACGGCGGGACGUGCCGGGACCUCCCCGCGUCCUUUGCUUGCUACUGUCCUGAGGGCUUUGUGGGGACCCAGUGUGAGACAGAAGUGGAUGCCUGUGAGUCGAGCCCUUGCCGAAACGGAGGGGAGUGUGAGAGCUACGGGGGCUCCUACCUCUGCGUGUGCCCGGAGGGUUUCUUCGGCUACCACUGUGAGACAGCCAGCGACCCGUGUUUCUCCAGCCCCUGCGGGAGCAGAGGCUACUGCCUGCCCGGCAAUGGCACCCACAGCUGCACCUGCAAAGUCAGCUACACAGGCAAGAGCUGCGAAAAAGAAUUGCUGCCACCAACCUCAUUAAAGGUGGAAAGGGUGGAGGACACUGGUGUGUUGAUUUCUUGGCACCCACCUGAGGACGCAGCCGCCAGGCAACUCAUUGACGGCUACGCCGUGACGUACGUAUCCCUCGACGGCUCUUACCGCAGGACAGAUUUUGUGGACCGAAGUCGUUCUGCCCACCAAUUGCGGGCACUAGCCUCCGGCAGAGCCUACAAUAUUUCUGUCUUUUCAGUCAAACGCAACGUGAACAACAAGAAUGAUAUCAGCAGGCCCGUCAUGCUCACCACGCGCACUAGACCGCGUCCGGUGGAAGGCUUUGAGAUCAUGAACGUGACGGCCAGCGCCAUCACGGUGCAAUGGGCUCUCCACCGGCUCAAGCACUCCACCGUCAGUAGGGUGCGUGUCUCCAUCCGCCAGCCGGGGGACCUGGCAGACCGCACCGUGGAGCUGAACAGCAGCGUGGCCAAGUACACCUUCCUGGACCUGCAGCCAGGAGAGAGGUACAUCGUCCACGUCACGACGCUGAGCGGCCUGGGGACGGAAGACCACCCCUCGGAGAGUCUGGCCACGGCCCCCUUCCACGUGUGGACGAGGCCUCUACCCCCCCAAAACCUCACCGCCUCCCGUGUCACCGCCACCUCUGUGUCCAUGGCGUGGGAGCAGCCCCCCGCUGGCGCCGUGGAGGGGUACAUCAUCAACGUCACCACCGCUCAGAGCGUGAAGAGCCGCUACGUGCCCAAUGGGAAGCUCGUGUCCUACACGGUGCGGGACCUGCUCCCUGGGCAGCGGUACCGCCUAUCCGUGACAGCCGUGCAGAACACGGAGCAAGGCCAAGUGCACAGCGAGCCCAUCCACCUCUACGUCACCACUUUGCAGAGGGAUGGGGCUCCGGAGAGACGGUGGAGCCAAGCUGGACACCCCCGGGUCCUGCGCAACAGGCUGCCCCCAGCUUUCCUGCCUGAACUCCGCUUGCUAGCGGAUCACGACACAGCUGAGGAGCCCUCGCCAGCCCCCAGGUUCACCGAGCUGGUGGAUGGCAGAGGGAGGAUCAGCGCCAGGUUUGGCACUGCGCUGGGCAAAUCCAUCACUGUGAAGACGCAGCCGGAGGCUCCAGUGAAGCUGGAGAACGUGGAGGUGUCCAGCCAGGGCAGUCUGGCACUGCAGCUGCACGAGGCAAAGAGCAAGAGUGAGGGGCAAAACUGCUCCACGAACCCCUGCAGGAACGGAGGCACCUGCGCCAGGGACGCCGAGUCCUACCACUGCGACUGCCGCCCGGGGUUCAAGGGCCGGCUCUGCGAGCUGGCCUGCAAGAAGGUGCCACACUCGUGCACGCGGCUGUACUCGGAAACCAAGUCAUUCCCCGUGUGGGAAGGAGGCACCUGCCACUACCUGUACAGGAGAGUCUACAAGGUACACCAGGACGUCUGCUACAAGGAGAGCUGCGAGAGCACCGGUUCAGAGAAGACAACCAGCGGAAAACCAAGCAACAGUCACACACUGAAGAAGCCAUAGAGGUUCAAAGCAGUAGAAGCUUCAUCUUUCCACAUCUAAGGGCUUUUGAAACACCAGGAAGAUCAGAUCUGCUCACUGGGUUGAACACACAGCGGGGGAACCUUCCUGCCUGGCGUCAGCCCCUCCCUCUCCUCCAGCGCGUUAGGGACACGCAGCCGGAUCGGCACGCCGAGCAGCGCUCCCUUCCCUCUGCCGGACCAGCCCUGCCUUCGCUCUGGCUUGCCUUACUCCGGCCGCCUCUCUGCCCCCGAGGAGCUGAGCGCCAGCGUACCGCAGCGGCUGGCUGGCUGCCCCCCGAGGAGAUCAGCCCCACUUGGCCCCCCCAGCCGCUCUGCACAAGUGACGGGCUCCCAGCUCUGCUCAGGCAUCGGCGGGUCUGAGCCUAGCUCCCUGCCAACAGCAUCUGCACCAACCUGUUUUCGUAAUCCAAGGUUAUAAAUUACCUAUAACCCCCAAAUAAAACAGUUUAAUGCAGACCAAAAAGCCUUAGCUAUCACCUGAAAUGUGACCCACAAAAAUCUGGUUGGAGGAGACCUUCCCUAGGUAGAUGAGUUAGAAAUGGUGAGCAGCUCCCCUGAGCAGCGAGGCGAGUGCAGGCAGUGGAGGCACGUCCCUGUCUCCUCUGCUCUAGCGGGGGAAAUUGAGGCAGCUUCUACUGCCUGCCUUUUUUCUUUGCUUUGUAAACAAUCCCUGGUUUUAACCAAAUUUCCAGCUCAGAAAGCAAUAGAGCACCUAGAAAGAAUUUUAAAAGUGAUCUGUAGGGUGAAGUUUGUCAGCUGAGGUGUAACACCAUGCUUGUUCUGACGCUCAUCGGCUCCACGCCAGUGCAGGGCGCAGUCUGGGCUCAGUGACGAAGCGAGCUCCGUGUGCCAUUCCCCCUGAGCUGCUCGCGGCAUUGCGUUCCCUGUGGCCCCAGCCGGUGCCCAGAGGCCAGCACUGUGGUGUUUGCGGAGGACCAGCACGCAGCGGCUGCCCCACUGGCUGCGGCAGGGCAGGCAAGGAAAAAGUGUAGCUUAGAAACAUUCCUAGUUUUUGUGAGUUUGUAUGACAACACUAGUUAAACAUAGAUUUGUGUAUUAAAGUACACAGUGUAUAUUAUAAAUUAAUACAUACCAGAGAUAUAUCGUAGUUAUGGUAUAGAGUGUUAUUUCCCCAGCAGUGUGGGGGGCAUCCUGGCGGGGCAGCCCUCCCUUCCCACGAGCGUCCCAGGGCACUUUGUUGUUCAGCCACGCGUGUCGAGCUGCAGCCCGGAAGAUGCUCUCGGAGCAGAACAGGCCCAAGAGUUUCGGUGCUCCUGGCACCACCCUCUCCCUCCCGGGAGCAGUGCAAGAGCGCUCGGCCCAGAGGAGCGGCUGCUGAGGCAUCCGGCAGCAGCCUGGGAGCGGCAGGGACGAUGUAAAGCCACAACCAGCUGGCCAGUGUCAUGCUCCCCUCCUGCACAGGCUCUAGCUCUGCUCCCGGAGGAGAAUCAGAGUCGGAGAUGGACAUGUCUUACUUUCCUCCAAGGCUGCCUGAUCCUGCCUGCAGCACAGGAGUCCUGCCUCCCCCAGGGCACGAGAAGAAGUCAGCCCUUGCCUGGAAGAGCAGGGCAAGGGGAAAGCCAGAACAGCCUCUGCUAUCCACGAGGAAGGGGAGGUUUUGGGGCUGUGGUGAGAAAGCCUUUGCACCCCUGCCUCGUCAGCCACGAGACCAGCGCUGCCACGGGCUGCGACGGUGGAGGCAGCCCCGCCACGGGACAGUCCUGUUUCAGCGCAGCCCCUGGGCCCGGCCAGCGCUGCCACGGGGCCUGUCCCCGCAGCGAGGGGAAGCGUGGCCCCGCUGCGAGCCAGCACAGCAGCCUGCCGCCUCCUGCCCCAUCAGCCAGCACAAUAUGUAAUGCAGCCAGAAGGUUUUAACCUAGCC